AUGGAACUGUUGAUGCCAUCCGAAGUCGCUCGUUUAGUAUACGGUUAUCUAAGGAACGAAAAAAAUGAAGAUACGGCAGAAUGUUUUUUAAAAUCCUCUCCUUGUUUAACUGAAUGUUAUCAAAUGUGUAAGACUAACAGAAACUUUAAUAUAAAAGUGAAUGGAUUCAAUUUACACGACAUCUUUGAUGUUUUUGGAACUAUGUGUAGCAUGAUUCAAGAACGAAUACCUGAAGCAUUUGAAUCGAAAACAUUAAUUGAGAAAUUACAGUAUUUACUAGAUUCAGACCAUACACCAACCAAAGAAAAAAGAUGA